AUGAUGCCCAGAACGAGGAAUACCGUUGUCGCCACCACACCGCUUUGCUCUCACGAAGAAAAUGUGUAUCUUUUGAUCCGCAGGCGAUGGACUCAGGAGGUCCAUGAUCUGCCACGAACGCCCGAGGCGACUUACAUAGUGCUCUGCCGCACCGAGAACUACGCCAACAGUCAUGCGGGGUUCAACUGGCUCCUGCGAGGGGCGUGCGUGGCAAGCGUCUUUCGGCAGUUGACUAGUGAACCCAUGCUUUUGUUCAAAGAGAAGAUCAAUUACAAACUGGCUGGCAGUGGUGAGUUCUUCCUUUGCCCCGUCGAACAGGACGACCGAUGCAUUGCGCCGGAACGGGUCCACAGUCGACAAUGGACUCCUUGUGAUCUACAGCCGGGUGAAAUCCUUGUUUUUGGGUCAUAUCUUGCCCACAAGAGCGGUGCGAACACCAGCCCCAUGGAUCGCCGGGCAAUCUAUGCAACUUUCAACCGCGAGGCUGAAGGAGACCUGCACGACGAGUACUAUGAGGAUCGGCGGAAAUUGUGGCCUGCCACGCCCAUGCGACAGGAAGGUACAGACUACGAGGAUGGAGACUUCAGUAUGGCGCGCGACUGGUUACAAGAUUAG